GAAGAUAUGAAUUUAAAUGAAGACAAGAAGAUGCCAUUGAGAGAAAAGGAUUUUAAUACCAAAAAAGAAAUGGUGAUGCAAUAUAUUAGCACUGCUUCAAAGUCUGGAAGUCUCAAGAACAGGAGGAAGAUUUCACCCCAAGAGUUUAUACAGGAAUUAAAAUCUGGGUCAACAGAUGAACGACUAGUCACUUGCUUAGAAUCUCUCCGUGUGUCCUUGACUAGUAAUCCUGUCAGCUGGGUUGAAAACUUUGGCCGAGAAGGUCUGGGGCUGCUGUUGGAUGUUUUGGAAAGAUUGGUUGAGACAAAAAACCAGGACAAAAUUGUGAAGAGGAAUCAGCAUAAGGUUAUACAGUGUUUGAGAGCCUUCAUGAAUAAUAAGUAUGGAUUGGAAAGAAUUUUGGGAGAAGAGAGAAGCCUGUUGUUGCUCAUCAAAGCAAUUGAUCCCAAGCAAACUAACAUGAUGACAGAUAUAGUUAAACUCCUUUCUGCAAUGUGCAUUGUUGGAGAGGAAAACAUCCUUGAAAAAAUUUUGGAAGCUGUAACAGCAGCAGCAGAGGAAAGGAAUGUUGAUAGAUUCUCUCCUAUUGUAGAAGGUCUUCAGGAUAACUCAGUUCAGCUGCAA